AUGUCGAACUCCAACGUUUUCAACUGUCCUCUCAAUCCUCCAGACGCGCUUUUCGCACUGGCCGGACGCUACAAAGACGACGACUCCGCGCACAAGGUAGACAUGUCUAUUGGCGCGUACCGCACGAACGAAGCCAAGCCCUGGAUUCUGCCUGUCGUUCACAAAACCGAGGAGCUGCUCGUCAACGAUCCCAGCGUGACGCACGAGUACCUGCCUAUCCUUGGCAACCCAGAGUUCCGCAAGGUUGCCGCCAAGCUGAUUCUCGGCGACAAGGUUGACCUCAACACGGUUGCCACUGUACAGACCCUGAGCGGCACUGGUGCUAAUCACAUGGCCGCGGUGUUCUUGCGUCGCUACACGCCCUGGGGUAAAAAGUCCAACACUAUCUACGUUUCUGAUCCCACUUGGGCCAACCAUCACACCAUUUUCAGCUACGUUGAACUGGACAUUAAGAAGUAUCCCUACUGGGACGCAAAAACUAAAGCCCUGGACUUUGAAGGUAUGUACAGCACCCUGAAAAAGGCCUCUGCUGGCGACAUCGUUCUGUUGCAUGCUUGUGCCCACAACCCCACUGGUGUUGAUCCCACCCGUGAGCAGUGGGAAAAGCUCGCCAGCCUGAUCAAGGAGAAGGAGCUGUUCCCCUUCUUCGAUUGCGCAUACCAGGGCUUUGCUUCCGGAGACCUCGACAACGACGCUUGGGCUGUCCGCAUGUUCAUCGACCGCAAGAUUGACAUGCUGGUUUGCCAGUCCUUUGCUAAGAACAUGGGCCUUUAUGGCGAGCGCGCUGGUGCUUUGCAUAUUGUCCUCUCCGAUGCCACUCCCGAAACAAAGGCCGCCAUCGAGUCUCAGCUCGCUACUCAGAGCCGUGCCGAGAUCUCCAACCCGCCCGCUUUUGGCGCUCGCAUCGCCACUAAGAUCCUGACCACCCCAUCGCUUUUCGACGAGUGGCGCCGCGAUAUCAAGACCAUGGCUGAGCGUAUUCUCGACAUGCGUGCCGAGUUAAAGGGCGAGCUCGUGCGUCUCGGUACCCCUGGCAACUGGGACCACUUGACAUCGCAAAUCGGUAUGUUCUCCUUCACGGGUCUCGACCCCAAGCAGGUCGACCGUCUCGUGACCGAGUUCCAUAUCUAUCUCGCUGCCAACGGCCGCAUUUCCAUGGCUGGUCUCAACAAAAACAAUGUCAAGUACGUCGCCAAGUCGAUCGACACCGUUGUUCGCCAAAGUAGUAACGCCAGACUUUAG